AUGGCUUCUGAGCUGGAAAGCGACAUGCUUGGUCCCGCAGCCGAACCUGUGAAAGUCUGCAGCCUGGGCUGCGAGGCGAUCAAGGCUCGCGCUUCGGUUACGCCGAUUGGCUGCGACGGUGGAUGCUGUGAUGAUGAGGAGGAGGCAGCAGAAGACCCUGGACCUGGCCUUGCGGCAGAGCCUUUCGACGAGGAAACCGAGGUGCCCAGUCCUUCCGGCCAUGCGGAGGCGGCCGAUCCUAUACAGGUCUCAGAGGCGGAGGCUGCGGAGGCCUCGCCAUCCGCUCAGACGACGCUUGCGCCGAAGCGCGCCCGGUCCUGCUCGGCCCGGCGUGGCCCGGGCGCGACUACGACUGCGGCAUCACGGGCCAAAUCCUUGGGAGCUCGUGCCCGGUUGGCAAAGACCCAGCCAGUGGCAGACACGCUCCCAGAGAAGCCGGAGAAGCGCAAGCCGAAAACUCUUCGGCCAUCCCUGCUGCUGAAAAUCCGGCCGAUGAAUUUGGCGGAGGCGCAAGAAGCAUUCUUUGAAAGCGGCUGCCUGGAGGCGCCGAAGUUCACCUAUGCCUUUUCCGAUGAGGUGGUGACCAAAGCUUUCGAGGAAAACUCCUCCGUCGACUUUGAGCACGUAGCGGCGGCGAAGCGGAUCCUUGAUAAGGUGCAUAGCAGCUACGGGGGCCCAGACUUGUUCAUGCAGCUCAUGUAUGGCGAGGAGAAAGCAGACUCACAGGAGCUUAAAGACCUCGUAGCUGGUUACCUCAAGGAGCAAAACGUCGAAGACAAAGUGGAGAUCCGACUGGUGGAUGGCAUGCUGAGCGCUGCGAAUGUGGCCACCUUGGGAGAGGGCCGAUACGUCGUCAACAUCGCCAACGGGCCCGUGUCGAAGCCGAUUUUGCAGUCCAUCUGCGAUCAUGAGGUCGGGACGCACCUCCUUCGCAUGAUGAACGACGAGCACCAGGUGUGGCACGGCUGCCGCGAUCGGUAUAAGCUCCAGAAUCCUUGGAUUACAGAGGAGGGCUUUGCCACUCUCAACACGUACCUGACCUUGCCGUGCAAGCUCCUCUUUACCCAGGCUCUGCGCUACUGGGCCGUGUGUUGCGGUGCUCAGAUGGGUUUCGUGGAGCUCUUUGCCGAGAUCCGGAAGCAUGUCAGCGAUUUGAGGAGGUGCUGGCAGAUCUGCUGUCGUGUGAAGCGGGGUCUGCUGGAUACCUCCAAGCCUGGGGCCUUCUACAUGGACCAGGCCUACUUUCAGGGCGCCGUGGAGAUCUUGAUGCAUCUCGAGGAGGUGGAUUUCGGUCGCCUCUACGGGGGCCAGAUCGCCUUACAGGACAUGGACAAGGUGCACUUCAUCUUGCGGAAGGAGGUCGUUCGCCUACCUUUGUUUCUCAACUCUGCCGAGAAGCUUCACCGUUAUUUGGCGCACUGCCGAGAGCUCAUGCGAGAGAACAUGAUCGAGGCGUCUUCGGAAAAGCUUUGCAAGAGGAUCUUCGUCCGUGCCGGCCUGCAGUUCUUCAAGACGGAGGAACGCACCGUCUUGAGGACGACUGGUUCCUCGAGCCCACUUCUAUCAGGCCUUGCCAGCCGAAGCCCUGACCUCGCCAAGACGGAGGGCGCACCUUCGCGGCCAACAGCUGCUCGGGACGAACCAGAAGACGGUAACGCAGGGAUUAAAUCCGAGACCCCCACUGCCCGGAAGAGCAACUUCGUUCGCCUCGCCGAGCUCGCGAUGCCUCGUUGUGACCGGCCACCGCCGGCAGAGGACGCAGUGCCGGGCCUCGCUCGCUCAGUGGAUUUGGACCGGAUUUUAUCUUUGGCACGUCCCAAGAUCUGGGAGGAGCCUGUGCAGGCUGCGCCGGCGGUCGUGCGCAUUAGCCGAACAGAGGAGGCUGCACGCGAGCUUGCGCUGCGCGAACUGGCAAAGCCGAAAGUGCGGCCGGAGGCGCCUGCGGUUGCCGAAGUUGUGACGGGACCCUCGCGGCCAGUAGACUCUGAGCGCCUUGCGGCUUUAGCGGCACCGCGGCGUCCCAGCGAGCCCAGUGAUCGGCCGUCCAGCAAGGAACCUUCAAAGCGUCGCCGGAGGAAGAGGAGCAAGCUUCGUCUCCUGGCGCUGGUCCAGUCUCGUACCGACUCCGAGAGUAUGGGAUGUGGGCUUCGGGAGUCGCCGGAAGAAGCGGCUUACUACCCGCCCGAGGACGAGGGCGAGGAGAGCGCUGAAGGCGAAGCGGAGGAUGCAAAGCCAACCGUGAUGGAGGCAGCCGAGUCGCCAUCGCAGGAAACAGCGUUGGCCGUCGGCAGCCCGAAGGUUCAAGAGAAGGCAGAGGUGGCGACUGCUGUCGAUGUUCAGGAGGGUACGGAUGAGGUGGCAGUGCCGGUUUGCGCGGCUGAGCAAGGAGAAGAGCGCGCGUCCAAGAGUCGGCCGCGAAGGCGCUCGGCCAGCUUGAAGGCACCAGUUUGCCGCCCGAUGCUGGCUCGGCAGGCGUUGCCCAUCAAGACUCUUAUGCUGGACCUGGGUGUCUGA